UCCAUUUCUGUCUCUUUCUCUGUGCACGAGCUCGGCUCCUGCGGGCGCGCGCCUACCGUGCGUGACGUCACUGCUGUGAAGAAGAUGGCGGCGCUCGUGAAGGCGGAAGUGUGUGAGUUUCGUCCUCCUUGGCUCGUGUGACGGCCCUCUGCAGGCUGGAGGAGUGUGUGAACUUCAACAUGAACAACAAGGACGACGCCACAGAGUCCGAGAGCAGCGUUCAGAUGAAAGUGUUUUUGCCCAAUAAGCUGCUGGAGUGUUUGCCUCCAACCCCGGCUUUACCCAAAGAGAGACUGCGCUGGAACACAAACGAGGAAAUUGCAUCCUUCCUGAUUUCUUUCGACAGACAUGACGAGUGGCUCUCCUGUUCCCUUAAGACCAGGCCGCAGAACGGUUCAAUCAUACUGUACAAUCGCAAGAAGGUCAAAUACCGGAAAGAUGGAUACUGCUGGAAGAAGAGAAAAGAUGGAAAGACGACAAGAGAGGAUCACAUGAAGCUGAAGGUUCAGGGCAUGGAGUGUCUUUACGGUUGCUAUGUUCAUUCCUCCAUCGUCCCAACAUUCCACAGGAGAUGCUAUUGGCUGCUGCAGAAUCCAGACAUUGUGCUUGUGCACUACCUGAACGUGCCGUCGCUUGAGGACAGUGUGAAGUCAUGUGGUCCGGUGUCCUGCACUCUGACCGACCGGCGAGACAGUCUGCGCUGGAGCCGAGAUGAGCUACUGUCACAACUCAAACCCAUGUUCCACAGUUUGAAAUGGUCUUGUGGAGGCAACGGUGCUGUGGAGCUCUCGGUGGAGCAGAUGGUGCAACAGAUCCUAGAAACACAACAGACCAAACCACAACCGCGAACACACACCUGCCUCUGUGCUUCUCCUGGAUCCAACAUUCCUCACCGCUGCAACAGCACAAAGCAUCGCAUCAUCUCCCCGAAACUGCCCGCGCCAUACCCUGCCCUCACCGAGCUGCAGAAUCUGGCCAGCGAAGGCUCGGGGACGGAGCUCAGCCGGGAGGCGGGGCCAGGAGAUGCUUUAGUGGCUGUCCUGCCUUCAGAACGAAAGCAGCCACCAGGAACGCCAGAAGACGGUGGGCGGGUUGAGGAAACAGUGGGUGUGGCUUCCCCAUGCUCCGCCUCCUCCUCCUCAUCAUCUUCAAGUCCGCCCCAAACACAACGAGCACCAACGAUCUCUCUAAGCAACGGAAAUGGAUUUCAGAGGGGUGGAUUGGCGACUGUGGCACUCCCGCAAAAUGCAGUCAUCGUCAUGACGACGGCAGUGGGGCGUGGCUGUGGGGAGGAGUCAAACGGCGAGUUAGGCUCCACCCGAUUGUCGCUAACCCGUGCAGGCGGUCGGCUUGUUUUAUCUCCCGUCCCGCCCAAACAGGACACGCCCUCCCCUCCGAGCUCCACCUCCCCACCAAGCCCUAUUCCUGCUAAUCAGGGCGUGGCCACACUGUCACUCACUCUGCUGUCCAGCCCUGUGAUUGGCAGUCUGCAGCUGACCGAACGCAUUGUUCCGGAAACAACUACAGCACUCCUGCACCCGUCGUCCCCGUCUCUGCUGCCGUUCGACCCAGACUCCUUCCUCAAUAGCCCCAAACAGGGGCAGACAUAUGGAGGCCCCGCCCUCACACCACACUCUAACUCCGCCUCCUCCUCCCCGUCUCCUCCUCCUUCAACAUCUCCUCAGCCUCCGUCUCUGGCUUUAUCUCCCACUUCUCCACCUUCGUCUCUGUCUUCUUUCUCCUCUGAAGUGGAGAGGAAGAGUAAUCCCGCUCGUCCUUCCUCCAGUCCGGCUUCUUUAUCUCUGUCUUUAUCUCCAGCACCGAUGACUCCGACUCUGCUGUGUUUGGAGUCAGCAUUAGGCCUGGAUUCAUUGAAUCCUUCCCUAUCCACAAAUAGCAGAGCUCCGCCUACUGAAAUGGACACUCAAGCCCCGCCCACUCACAGCACUUCUCCUCCUGCAUUUGAAUCUCAAGCCCUGCCUUGCAACUUACAGACCAUUCCGCUUUCUCCUCCUACGUCUGCCCUCGAAGUUCUGCCAAUCAAUCAAGAAGGAGAAAAGGCGGAGCUUAGGCAGCCGCAGCUUCAAAUGCAGUCUUGUCUUCUUCAAUCGCACUCUAUGUGCAUCGAACCACAAACUCCGCCCCCGGCCACGCCCACUCCUAUACAGGUGAAGGAGGAGCAGUCUCCACCCACUCAUUUUGAGUCAGAAGUCACGCCCAUGGACACCACCCACUGCACCCAUAUGGAUGGCGAGGAGGCUGGGCUUACAUUUGACUCCGCCUUCCCUGACCUCAUCUCUGAGCUGAUUACGGAUGAUGCUGUUGGCCACGCCCCCACUCCAGAUCCACCUGUUUACCCCGUCCGCUACAUGGUUCCGCCGCAGCCGUCGCCCUCCAGUUCGUUUCUACCCUUCACACUCCUCACCAACACACACACGCUCGCGGCCGGCGGCGCUGCGGAGGACACACAGCGCCUGACCAACAUCACAGACUUCUCCCCGGAGUGGUCAUACCCAGAGGGAGGAGUGAAGGUGCUGAUCACGGGUCCAUGGUCCGAGACGGACGGCAGAUACUCAUGUGCGUUCGACCAGAGCAGAGUUCCCGCAUCUCUUAUUCAGCCAGGUGUCUUGCGCUGCUACUGUCCAGCUCAUGAAGCGGGUCUGGUGGCUCUUCACGUGCUGAAGGACUCGAUCCCUGUUUCUUCUUCUGUGCUGUUUGAGUAUCGCGCUCGUAACGCCUCGUCUUUACCCAGCUCACAGCUGGACUGGCUGUCACUAGACG